AGACUAACUGACACAACAAAGCAUGCAGGGAAACAAAUUCGUCGUGUUGCUGAUUGCAAGUCUGUGUGUUGUUGCAGUGAAUGCUAACCGUCAAGGUCACAGGGUGAAUGGUGUUCAAUCGGUUGGAGAUGAAUAUUCGAGUGCAUCUGGAUAUCUGGGAUCAGUAUUUCGACGUCAACAGAGUGGUAGACACAGAUCCGGUCAGUCGUCAUCAGGCCAAUCAGGUCAGCAACAGCAACAAUCGAAUGUGGUGAAGAGGAAGAUGAUGUGUCAGUGUGAGAGUGAGGUGCCUCGAGGCCAUCCACCUGUCAGGUAUGACGCCUUCACUGAAGGAGACUACAACAAUGGCUACGUAUUUACUGAAGACCCAUCUGGAAGCUAUGAAGGCGAAUAUUUUACUGUCAAGAAGCGUCAACUGGCUUAACUGUCCCUGUCCUUCCAUCUCACAUCAUGAUGCAUUGCAGUGGAUGAAUGUGUACCGGCGAAUUCUGAUGCAAAUAUGUGAUACGAAUAUUGUCGCAUAUUUUGUACAGAUUUUCUCCUCUUCAUUACUGAUUAGUUUCCCGGUUAAAUAAAAUGAUUUCAAUUCUAUGAGUGAAA